CUUCCUCGAAACUUCUCGUCUUUUCCCUCCUUCCCUCUCGCACCGCCCGUGAAGGCGCCUCGCCGUAUCCGCGCUCCAUCUAACCCUGCCAUCCAAACACCUCUUUGGCUAGAGUUAGUUUAGGGCUGAUCAAGAUUAGAAUCUAACUCUAACCUCUAACUAAGUUAGAGUAUCCAAACAGGGCCAAUGUAGAAUUUCUUGUAACAUCCUUGUUUGUUUUGAUCUCUCUUGUCGUUUUUGCCAUGGAGGCUCAGCUGCACUGCACUGCACCACAAGAUACUGACAGAAUCUAACUUGUACAACACCCUCUGGGUAUUGCUAUGCUCUCCUUGGCAUUGCUAAAAGUCGGAAAAUGAUUCUAGCAUAUGUCACUAGAUGCCUUCUGCUGAGAUUCCAAAAGUUCUCGAUUGGAACCAUGUCAUGCUUUCAUCUGCAUCUCUCUGAACAACUUUUUAAACGAGACUCUUUUUCAACCGAAGAUAUGAUGGCACUACAAGUAUCAGCUGGUGUGGUGUGUGUCUGCAUAUAUGUACGCCCUUUUGCUCUGGGCUUGGGCAUCCUUGGCAUUCUGGCUGCUUCUCUGCAGAAGUACUGGCUCUUGGCAAAGGCUGCUCUUUUUCUCUGGGCUUGGGGCUGCUUCUCUGCAAAAGUAUUGGCUUGUUCAAAGAGCUUCUGGGCAAAGGCUGCUGUAUCUUACAUUUGUCAUGGCACCGGAUCAAUACCAUGAGCAAGGUAACAGGAGUGGUCACAACAUCAGCAGCAAAUCCUUUCAAAGAUGUGAGGGCUGCGAGGCACAUUACUAUUGGUGCCAUAUGGAUGAUACCCAGAAGUAUUUCUUCAAGUGCAUGGUUGGCAAUUUCCACGAU